UACUUUAUUUUAUAUAUCAUUCACUUGGAUGUUUCUAUUGGUCCAAGAACAUUUGUGACAUCAAACGUCUCAUAUGGGUGACGGAUCUAGUAGUAGCCCCUGAAAGUCAGUACUUUUAAGCACCUCACGACACACAUGAAUAAUUCAUCUUGAACGAAGUAAAUACCAAUUUAAUGCCCAAGCCUCUCAAUAGUAACAUACGUUGACAGCCAAAAUGGCAAAAGGCGCCAGGAACACUAUCACCUACCACAGCCUUGAUGCUGGAGACGAUGAAGAGUUCCGCACCGAGAUACUCGAUUUAUUAAACGAGAGAGAUUAUCUACCAGCAUCGUCGCAAUCCAAGAAGGCCCGGCUUCUCACAUUCCUUUGUAGAUACAGAUGGGUCGUAGAUGCACUCCUGGUUCUGGUCAUUAUAACCCUCCUUCUGGAUAAGUUUUGGCCGAGGAGCCGUGACAUCGAGGGUAACGGCGACAUAGUGGGGUUCGCCCCUCAAUUCUCGCAGCAAAUUCGCAAAUUCUCCCCCGAUCCGGGAUUCGUCCCGGAAAAUACAUCACAGUUUUUCUCUGAAGCAACGAAGAAGAAGUGGCUUGACAUUUUACCGAAGGGUCUUGGAUACCUGGAGGUGAAGGACCCUGGAAAAUACAAGAAUAUACCAACAAAUGUAGCGACAUUCAAGGAUCGUUUUGUGGUCGCGACUUCGAUGACUCACCAAUUGCAUUGUCUGCACGCCAUCGCUGAGGCCUACUCGGCAUUGACCUCCGACUCGACAAGGGUGCCAACAGAUGCUGAGUGGCAUGUAGCGCAUUGCUUUGACUACUUACGACAAGGAAUCAUGUGUUGCGGCGACGUCGCGCUGGAAGGCGAUCAGACGACCUUUCCAGAGGGUGUUGAAGGCAGUGAUGGCUGGGAUGCCAAGCACGUGUGCAAAGACUAUAGCCAGAUAUUGGAGUAUCUAAAUGAGAACAGGGCCAGUGAUGAACUUUGGUUAUGAGCAUGGAACAAUUGAAGGUGGGUGGUUCAACUGAAAACAGGAACACGGAUUUUUGGCGAAUAUGGUAUCUUCAUCCCACAAUUCCACCAUAGUA